AUGCCGCCACUCCUCGCCGAUCCAUUCGAAGGCUUGCACCGCGAGCCGCCUACUGCUCCGGCUUUGUCAACGCCACUACCACCGAGGAUGCCGGCCUCAAAUUCCUCCCGAAGCACAUACAAGAAGAUUAUUGUCGCGGGUACAACAUGCGACCCGAUAUGCGGUUUCUGCCCUCUACCACCGAUCAUUACUCGUCCAGACAAUCUUGAACCGGCGGACUUCAUCACGGUCACAUCAUCUCCUACUCGGUCAUUCCAUACUACAGAGGCACAUUAUUGCAAUGUCGGCUCGAGGUCUUCGAUACCGCCGGGACUCGACAUCGACGAUGGUUUCAUCUCUCUCAUGAACGACGACGGUGACACCAAGGAUGAUGUCAAGGUCUCAGAUGAUGAGGUCGGCAAGCUGUUCGACGAGCAUGAGAAGGACACCAGCACAUCCUCCCUCCAUGCGCCUGCAGAUACGUCUUGA